AUGGCAGCCGCAACCCAAGAUGUUCGGCCCAUGUCCAUGCACGAGCGCUACAGCCUUAUGCGCCAGAACACUGGGCACCCGCACGUGAUCCUUCACGUCGUAUCGUACCUGCCUGACGCGAUGCCUUCUUCUGCAGCCCUCGAAAGACGUGUGGACGAGCUGCAGGCCGCGCUGCCGAUGCUCUCCGCGCGCGUGGUCGGUGCACACACUACAAAACCCGGUUAUGUCCCGGGUGAUGCGUGGCCGGCCUCCAAUAUCGUCACCCAGGCCCCGGCGGUGUCCGAUUCGGUAGCCGCGUACAAAGCGGCCAUGGACGCGUUUACGGCGUCCGCUAUCGCGACCUUGACAGGAACCGCGGCCCCGAUGUGGCGCGUCACCCUCUUCGCGUCUGAUAAUGGGGAAGGAUACAUGACACUCGCGAUCAACCAUCUCCUCAUUGACGGACGCGGCUCAACUCUGCUCCUUGCCGCGCUCACCGCGGACCUCAAUGCUCCCUCCACAGUCGAACUUGAGGCUUGGGAAAAGCCCACAACGUUCGACGACACGAUCCCGACUACGCCUUCUCUCCGUUUCCUUCUUCCGAUCGUGUUCCGCGAACUCCUCCUCCCCAAGCUCCCACGCUUCGUCCAGUCACCCUUCCUCGCGUCGGACCCGUGGCCCGCUGAACGUCCCGGUGAUUCCCUCACGUGCGGGUGGGACAUCCUCCUCCUCUCCCUCUCACCCGACCUCAUUGUCAAGGUGAGGGAAGCUGGGACUGGGCAUGGGAUCCGCACCCUCCACCCGCUGCUUAAGAUGGCGUACUGCGCGGCAAUGUGGCGGGUGUUCGCCAAGUCGACACUGCACAUCACGGUCGACACGGCGCGAUCUGAGCGGGACGCUGCGCUUGGGCAUGCCGCGAUCACGCACAACUACGUCAGCAGCACGAUGUGGGACGCCACCCUGGCUGGGGAAGAUGACUUCUGGGAGCGCACAAAACAGCUCGCACAGGCCGUGGGGCCGGCCGGCGUGCUACCUGGACGCAUGAACAUGGGUUUGCUGCGUCACAUCCCCGAUCCUGAGGUGGACGAGAAUGCACCAGGGUUCAAUCCACUGCGCCCAACGGGAUGGGAGAAGUACUUUGUCGAGCGUACGCAGUCGGGUCGGCCCUUCCGCGACUCCAUGGCACUAAGUAACCUUGGUCGUAUCGCGCUUCCUCCAGGCGCGAGCGACGCGUGGUGGGGCCAGACGGCGACGCCAUUCGGAAGCGCCAUCAUGGCAAACGCUAUUGGGCAUGAGGGCGGCGUGCGCCUCAGCAGCGCUUUCCGCCUAAUCACGACCAGCAUCGAGGAGGCAGCCGAGAUGCAUGCCGUGAUUGAGCGCGUGCUCGAUCGCAUGGCUGGCGAGGGCGAGGACAUGACGCUGGCGGAGAUCACCGCCUAG